ACAGAGUUCACUUCAUUUCGUAAGGGAUUGUGUAGUCAGCCGUGACAAAUCACCCAGGGAUUUUUUCCUGAGAGAAAACAACGCCUUCCAGCUUGUAAAGGAAUCUCAUUCUGAUUUGGCACAUAGGAAUGACUCUCUGUUUGUGUUAGCAGGCUUGUUCCACAGGGAUGGCUUCCUUGUCCUGGAGGGGUUUUUCAGCACAGAAGAGUGUGACAGCAUGAGGAGCCAGAUCCAGGGAAUCAUCGAGGGGAUGGAAGUGCCCCCGCACUGCCGCACAGAGUUCUCCACCAGGGAGGAGGAGCAGCUCCAGGCACAGGGUAGCUCGGAUUAUUUCCUAACCAGUGGAGACAAGAUUAGAUUCUUCUUUGAGAAAGGUGUUUUGGACAAGAAAGGGAACUUUCUAAUUCCAAAGGAGAAGUCCAUCAGCAAGAUUGGCCAUGCUCUACAUGCUUAUGAUCCUGUCUUCAAGCAAAUCACCCACUCCUCCAAGGUGCAGGAAUUGGGAAGAAAACUAGGCCUUGAGAGACCAGUAGUUGUGCAAAGCAUGUAUAUCUUCAAGCAACCUGGCAUUGGUGGUGAAGUGACACCUCACCAGGAUGCCACCUUCUUGCACACGGAGCCUCUGGGCAGGAUCCUGGGCUUCUGGAUUGCCCUGGAAGAUGCCACACAGGAGAACGGCUGCCUGUGGUUCAUCCCUGGCUCUCACACCAAUGGGAUUACCCGGAGGAUGGUUCGUGCACCUUCAGGUGCCUCAACAUGUGUGGAGUUUGUAGGGUCAGAGCCAGCCUAUGAUGACAGUCAGUUCAUCCCUCUGCCCAUAAAGAAAGGUGGACUCGUCCUCAUCCAUGGGGAAGUUGUCCAUAAGAGUGAACUGAACAGCUCGGAGUCCUCUCGCCACGCGUUCACCUUCCACGUGAUGGAGGCCGAGGGCACCACCUGGAGCAAGGAGAACUGGCUCCAGCCAACUCCUGAACUGCCUUUUCCAUCACUCUACACUUGAAGUCAGUGACUGGCUUCUGGAGUCAAUAGCUGAUCAAUAUUCCUGAUGUUUCCUUCAUGUUCCCCUUAAACAUGACCUUCCCUUAUGGCAGCUCUCAAGGUUAAUUCAUCCUGGGAACAAGGACCUUUGUCACAGCCCAACACGCCUGCAGGAGACAGAACCUCCUGCUGCAGCAGGAGCCCUGUAGUGUGAGAGUAGCCACCCAGUCCUUUCAGUAAGGAAACCUCUUCAGUCUUGAGAACAGACCAGUAAAGACCACUGCACCUUGACUGGGACCGGUUAAGAAGUAUUUCUUCUUGCAGAUUCAGUUUAAGAGCUUAAGUGCAUUUCUUGGCUGUGUUGAUCCCAGCAGUGCAGGUGAAUGUGUCAUGGGAAGAAGGUUGACUUUCACCCUUAGGUCUCUGCCCUGUUGUUGGAGUAACAGUGAUUUAAACCAACCCUGUUGUGGGCAAAAUGAAGCAGGAACUCUGCUUUUUAUAAUCAGUCUUCUAAGUAUUCCCAGCAAACUGUGGUUGAGUGUUUGAUCUCUGGGUGUGUUGAUUAAAAAUAUGUCAGUUCUUAAAGAUUUAUGUUGAAAUGGUGGGAUCAAAGAACCUCAAUCCAACUCCUUGCACUUAAUAAAAGAAUAGAAAUUCUC